AAUAUUUGUGUGACUAUAAAUUUACCAGAACUAAAAUGAGAUAAAUUGGGGUUGUAGAAGACGCGGUCAAACAAGUUAGAUACUUGGGUAUCUGUGUUGGAAAAGAAGGGAGGUGGAUGAUGAACAGUGGGAGCUUGACUGGUGGACGAUCAUGGCCAUCACGGACAUCUUUAACGUCGUCGGGGAAGAGAAUACAGAAGGAAAUGGCAGAACUCAACACGGACCCACCUGCCGAUUGUUCCGCUGGCCCCAAAGGCGAUAACCUCUAUCACUGGGUCGCUACUCUCUUCGGUCCCCAAGGAACGCCUUAUGAUGGAGGAAUAUACUUUCUUGACAUAACAUUUCCUGCUAAUUAUCCUUUUAAGCCACCAAAGGUUGUUUUCAAAACACGGAUAUAUCAUUGCAAUGUAGAUUCAACAGGCAAUGUUAGCUUGGAUAUCUUGGAGGAAAACAGUUGGAGUCCUGCGUUAACAAUUUCAAAGGUGCUACUUGCUUUGAGAUCAAUCUUCACCAACCCUAACCCUUAUAAACCUCAAGUUCCAGGAAUUGCUCAUUUGUACUUGGUAGACAGAAGUAAACAUGAUGCAUUAGCUGCAGAAUGGACUCAACGAUUUGCAAAGUAAAAAUUAAGCAUUUAGGAAACCAAAUAGUCAUGUGUGGUUUUAGUUCAUAUAUUAUGUAGGAAUUAUAUUAUAUAUUUCAUGUAUAAGUAUGGGCUUUUCUUGUAUAUUACAUUGUAAAAUGGCUUAGAAAGUGCAUGCUUUUUAAAUUUGGAAGAUUUUCAAAAUUUUAGACAC